GAAGGCAACCAUUCCAGGUGAGGGAGAGGCAACAAGGUGGCCUUCUGCCGUGCAGUUGUCAGUGUGUUCCCUGCGGUUGGUAAAGCAACUUUGACUUCUAGCUUAAAGAUGGCUGCACUUGCACUACUUUCCGUUCUCUGCCUGGUCUCUCAGAUCCAGGGUCAGGGGUUCGUCCCUUACGGCACCCACGCGCCCCUCCCAGUCGUCACUCCAACAACUUCUACAGUCACUGUUCAGACAACCCUGACCCACACUCUGCGGGAGACGACGACCUCUGACGUGUGGGUUACAGAGCAGACGGCGAUCACCCUGACAGUCACCCAGACAACCACCCAAUGGGACUUUGUUCCCCAGUAUCCACAGACGGUGACCUCUGUGAUAAGGGUCACCUCCACACCGGUAGUGAUUGAGACGGCUACGGUGGGGGUUAACCCAGUGAGCACAAUGGUGUCCAUCUACAGUCAGUUCGUCACCACCACAGAUACUGUUAAAUACUGGCAGACUAUAACCCACGUCGCUGUCACUCACGAGAUCCAGACUGUACCUGUGGUGACUACACAAGAACUAGUACAAGAUAUUGUUACUACAGUCACCCAGAUAGUGACAACCACGGUUACCUCCACCACUGCCAGAUACUACGCAUAAUGUGACCCUCCAAAGACAUUGCAUACUAGUUUGAAAACCAUGUAUCUGAACUUUACAAUAAAAGAUUGAAGAGUAA